AGGGGCCGAGCGGCCUUGCGGAGGGGCCGCGCGCGCGGGCGGGAGAGGGCGUGGCCCCGGACCCCAGGGGUGUGCGGGGCGCGGUCGGUCCCCGAGGGUCCCCGGAGAGGAGGCGGGCAGUCCUGGGGCUCAGGUGGGCACCCGCCUCCCGGGCCGCGCGGCCGAAGGUGCGGGCGGGGUCCGCAGGGCGCCUCGCGGUGCCCGAGCCCCCCGCCCGCUGUGCCGCGUCGGAGCCGCUGCGCACGGUCGGCUCUGCCGCGGGGCCCGGGGGACUGGCGCCCACCGCCGGGGCCGCCCCGGCGUCGAGGACGCGCUGCCUCGGGAGCCGCCCCGGGACCGCGGCGGGCGAGCGCGCGGCUUCGCUGGCUGCGGCUCUUGCCCCGCGCGUUCGUGCGAGGCAGGGGCUUCGCGCUGGCGGGCAGCGGGCGUUGCGCUGCUGCCUCACCUGCGUCAGGUGUGCGCGCGCCGGGCCGGCCGCCGCCGCGGGAGGCGGAGCCGCGCGCGCUUCCUCUUCCCGGGCGCGGGUCCGCGGCUGCGGCGCCGGCGGGGACCAGGCUCGGCUGGCCAUGAAUAACCCUAUUCCUUCCAAUUUGAAAUCUGAAGCAAAAAAGGCUGCUAAAAUUCUAAGAGAAUUCACAGAAAUAACUUCCAGAAAUGGACCUGAUAAGAUCAUUCCUGCACACGUCAUCGCCAAAGCCAAGGGCCUGGCGGUCCUGUCUGUGAUAAAAGCUGGGUUUCUGGUCACCGCGAGAGGAGGCAGCGGGGUCGUGCUGGCACGUCUUCCGGAUGGAAAAUGGUCCGCGCCUUCGGCCAUCGGGAUAGCUGGGCUUGGUGGAGGAUUUGAACUAGGGGUCGAGGCAGAAUCCGCACUGGAACACCAGGUCAGAGCAACCGCGCUUUCACCCAAGAUUGUCAUGACAACAGCAUCAGGGACCUGGUGGCUUGGGUUCAAGGUAUCAGAUUUGGUGAUAAUCUUGAAUUACGACAGGGCAGUAGAAGCAUUUGCAAAAGGUGGUAACCUCACACUUGGAGGGAACUUGACUGUGGCAGUUGGGCCCUUGGGAAGGAAUUUAGAAGGAAAUGUCUCCCUCAGAAGCUCAGCUGCUGUCUUUACUUACUGCAAGUCAAGAGGCCUCUUCGCUGGCAUAUCUUUAGAAGGUAGCUGUUUGAUUGAGAGGAAAGAAACUAACCGAAAAUUUUACUGUCAAGACAUUCGAGCUUACGACAUUUUAUUUGGAGAUAUACCACGGCCUGCUCAAGCAGAAGAUCUGUAUGAAAUUCUUGAUUCCUUUACUGAAAAGUAUGAAAAUGAAGGACAACGGAUCAAUGCAAGAAAAGCAGCGCGGGAGCAGAGGAAGCCUUCUGCUAAAGAGCUGCCUGCGAAACCAUUGUCAAGGCCACAGCCAUCGUCUGCGCAAGUACAGCUGAAUUCUGGCUCUCAAAGUAACAGAAAUGAAUAUAAUUUCUAUCCUGAACUUUCCAGCUAUCGUGAGAGAGUUGGCAAUUCAAAGCAACCUUUAGAAGUGACAGCACUAUAUUCUUUUGAAGGACAACAGCCAGGAGAUUUGAAUUUUCAAGCUGGAGACAGAAUCACAGUUAUAUCAAAAACAGAUUCACAUUUUGACUGGUGGGAAGGAAAGCUUCGAGGUCAAACUGGCAUUUUUCCAGCCAACUAUGUUACCAUGAAUUAAAGUUUAUAUUAUUUUCUUCUUUGAGAGUUACAAAAAAUUAUUUCUACACUGGCAAGAUUUACUAUUCAGUUAAACAAUGUUUAGUAUAAGUUUAAAAACACUUCUCACUUCUGUUUAUUCCAUAAAAUUUUACCCAGUAUGUAAAAGAUUUUGUGUGUGUGUGUGUGUGUAUAUAUAUAUAUGGUUAACUUACAUAGCCUUAAAUACUCUCCACUGAUUUUUAUCACAUAUACUAUUUAAUAGUUAAUAUCCUCCAAUUUACAUGGUCACAUUUCUUUUAUGUUCAUUUUCAAACAUCACUAAACAUUUGAUUUGGCUAUGUAUAUGGUGACUAUUUUAUCUUGGUAAUCUUAAGGAUGGGGCAUGAAUACCAACUUAUAUAUUUGCAAAAUGACUAGAAAAAAAUAAAUCAACUUAAAUAGUGUAUUAAGUAAUAGAGUUGUAGGUAUUAACUAGAAUAGUAAUCCUCUCUACCUUCAAAAAAUUAUGUGUAUAUAUAUACAUAAUUUAUAUUAGAAUUUAUAUUAGAUAUAUUAAUAUACAUAUGUAUAUUAGAAACCUGCUAUUACAAAGAAAUUCAACCACUGUGCAUUAAAAAAAGAUGACAUCUGUUAAUUUUCCUUCUUUAUGCGGUUAUGCCUGUUCAUUUGUAGCAGUAGAAUAAAGUUAUAUUGAUAUGGUUCCAUUUUCCCUAAAUAAAUGUUUUUGAAAUGCUAAGCUAAUGUCUUGAUUUUGUUUUU